UCACCCUCCUUGCCAACUGACCUCGCAGAGUACGGGCGGGCGUCAUCUGUUACAACGUGCGACUGCGCAACAGCUGCUCAUUCACCAAACCCUACAACUGCUUCAGUUCCCAAGAUAGCGCCUCAGUACACAUCUUUUGGUGGCAAAGGUAGUGUGUGCCGACUUGUUCCACGGCUGUUUACUGUAGCAGCAUCAGCAAGCAUUGGUGUGUGUUCCAGGAACAGCACCGGCAUUGCUGCUGGCGGGGGAGGCAGCAUGUUCCUCAAGGUGUACUCCAUCACCAUCCUUCUGCUCGAUGUCCUGAGUCUUGUGGUGAAGGUAAUCUUCGCUGUCCUCGAGUCAGUCUACCAGACCAUCGCAGGUGUCGCCGAAAAGUCAGUAGCUAAUGAGAUUGUUCUGAUAACUGGGACUGGACAUGGGAUUGGGAAGGAGCUGGCACAUCAGUAUGCUUCUCUCGGUGCAAUUGUAGUCUGCUGGGACAUAAACCAGGAAGAGAAUGACAAGACAGUUCAUGAACUCAGGAAGAUUGGAGCUAAAGCAUAUGGUUACAAAUGUGAUGUAUCGGACAGAGAUGCUGUUUUGACAUUGGCUAGAAAAGUGAAAGAAGAAGUUGGUGAAGUGAGCAUUUUGGUAAACAAUGCUGGCAUCAUGCCCUGUCACCCCCUGUUGCAGCACAACCCCCAGGAGAUACGCAAGAUAUACGAAAUUAAUGUUUUUGCACACUUCUGGAUGCUGGAGGCAUUUCUUCCCAGCAUGAUCCAAAACAAUCACGGCCAUAUUGUGGCUCUCUCCUCCAUGGCUGGAGUGAUGGGGAUUCCCAAUCUAGUCCCCUACUGUGGAUCAAAGUAUGCUGUGCGGGGCCUCAUGGAGUCGCUGAGCGAGGAACUGCGUGAAGAUGCUAGACAAAUAGAUAUCAAAUUUACUACCAUCUUUCCCUUCAUUGUUGAUACUGGAUUGUGCAAGAAGCCGCGUACAAGGUUCCCAUUCCUGCUAAGCUUUGUACCAGCUCAGACGGCGGCCAGUGCAAUUAUCACUGCCCAGAGGCGGAAUUAUUCCGAAGUGUCCAUCCCAAGAGGACUUCUCUAUCUGAACAAUAUUUUGAAACUUUUCCCUCUGAGAGCAUCACAACACAUGAAGGACUUUUUUGACAGUGGUGUGGAUUCUGACUGAACAUAUUCUGACCUAUAAAAAUACAUGGAAUCAGGAGUACACCAGCACAACUAGCUUGGCACAAGCUCUGCACUAACUGCAAUAAGUUCAACGAAAGACAGUGCUUUUUGUCCUGUCACCAUUCAUAAGAAGAAUGUGAAAUUGAAAAGUAGCUACUUUUUCGUGUCCUCAGAAUUACUGGAUUUUUUUUGUGUAUAUUGUCAUAAUAAGCAAAUGGCUCUUUCUAUACUGAAUGCGAUCUUAAGAUGACCUUUUGUUUUCUUCUAUGAUACAUAAUGCUGAAGAUGUGAAGAGUCACCAAAGUGACAGGGUCUCUGGAAACUUGGAAGUAUGUCACAUGGAUGCAAUCUGUGAAGGGUGUAAAUGCUGUGGAAUAGUCAGAGCCUAGUUUAUGGUCAGAAGAUGGAAUGACAACAGAAGACACUUUGGAAUGGGUUACUGCUUCUAAUUAAUUACAGUCUACCACAAAAUAUACGCAGAACUGUAAGAGUAAAGUUUCCUUUUAGAUAUCUGGAGUCUAUUAUGCAAAUACUUUUCUGCUAUUUCUGUUUGGAGCUAGAAACCAGAGAGACCACUGAAGAUAUCUAGAGGCAGUCAGCAAUGCAUUACACUGGGGAUUAGGAUCAUGCUACUGCAAAG